AUGAUGGCGAGGCUAGUUUGGAUGGGUCAUUCAUCAAUUUGGCCUCUGCCGAGGAAUGGCCAUUUUGGAAUUUGCAGUGCUAUUGAACAAUCCAGCAGUACUGCACCAAAUGUGGGCAUUUGUUACAUUUGGGAAUAUUCACCAGAAGUCGAAGAUUGCAUAAAUUGGUGCUCUCCGAUGACGAAUGCCUGCACUGAAAAAUACAUAAUUGCUGAGAAUUCUUGUGUUGGUAAAGAACCAACACAUAUGAGACAUGGAGGAUAUUUUCCAGGUAGAUCUGCAGGAGACAUGAAGUAG